AAUACCGGAAGAUGUGGCGCUUUCGUUUCCGUGUGACCCAGUUAGCUUCGUAGAUUAACAUGGAAUAAUCCUUAUGGCACAGUAUUAAUUUGGCUGUUAUAUUCGUGAAGGCAUAUUUUUUAUGUCUUGCUACUAAAGUUUAGUACCGCGAGCGAAACCAACCUGAGACGAGGAGUUACGAAUCAAAAUGAACUAGACGAUGUUGCCAUUUUGAUUUGGCUAAGCUAGCGGGCGUUAAAAUGAACUGUCAAACCUUAGCUACGCUGCAGAAUAAUUAGAACGAUUUUGCUUGUUCACACAAGCAGGUUAGUUGAGUUUUCUCUCGGACUCAUUAGCAGUUGCACAAUUAGCAAACGUUUUAAGAGAUUGCUUCAAUUCUCCAGUUCCCUUUUGAUGUUCAGCGUUUGGGAGAGGAACCAUUCAGUCCCAUGUCUGCUGAGGCGUCAGUCGGCAGUCAUGCUGCCAUCUCUGCCCGGUCUGCUGUCUCCCAGCCGGCUUUCCAGAGCGCCGUUGAACAAAGACAUCAGGGCCUGCUGGGAAGCAAGUAUGUCAAGUUGAAUGUGGGUGGCUCGCUGCACUUUACUACUGUCCAGACACUGACCAAGGAGGAAAGUGUGCUGCAGAGUAUAUGCAAUGGAGGAACCAAGGUGACCAUUGACUCAGAUGGAUGGGUCAUUUUAGAUCGAAGUGGGCGACAUUUUGGACUCAUUUUGAACUUCCUACGAGAUGGCUCGGUGCCACUCCCCGACGACCACAGAGAACUUGACGAGGUCCUGAAAGAGGCCCAGUACUACAGGGUCCAGGGACUCAUCCAGCACUGCCUCACCGCCAUGCAGAAACAAAAGGACGUAUUUGAAAGUGUGUGUCGCAUCCCCAUGAUCACGUCAGCCAAAGAAGAGCAGAAGAUGAUAGCGACCUGCAGAAAGCCGGUUGUAAAGUUGCAGAACAACAGAGGGAACAACAAAUACUCAUAUACCAGCAAUUCUGAUGACAACUUGUUGAAGAACAUCGAACUGUUUGACAAACUCGUCCUUCGCUUCAAUGGCCGAGUCCUGUUCGUCAAAGACGUGCUGGGGGAUGAGAUCUGCUGCUGGUCUUUUUACGGCGAAGGUCGUAAGAUAGCUGAAGUGUGCUGCACGUCCAUCGUCUAUGCCACAGAGAAGAAGCAGACCAAAGUUGAAUUUCCCGAGGCUCGGAUUUUUGAAGAAACCCUCAAUAUCCUCAUAUACGAGAACAGCAGAAGAUCUGGUCCGGGAGGCUUGCACCUCGUAGACUCAAGAGGUUCCUCAGUGGGCCAGUCAGAAGAAGAGGGUGUAAUGGGCGGGGACAGGCGAGUGCGGAGAAUCCACGUCAGGAGGCACAUAAUGCACGACGAAAGAGGGCACGGCCAGCAAACUGUGUACAAAGAUUAACAAUGUGAAGACAAAAAGGCAUGCGAGACCGACCUGCUCUCGGAGAUGCCUGUGAUGAUGGCAAUAGCGUGAUUGUUAGAUGUCACUGUGUCACUGCCUGAGUAGUGCGUUGUAACUGAAGCAAGACGACGAUGUUAUGUUUACAGGAUAAACGGUUGUGUACAGCUUUUUAAAUAGGAAAAACAGCCUGGGAUGUGAAACUGGCAUCAAUAUUCUUGGCCGCCAUUGGAUGUGGGUGUUGAUGAUAUGCACUGGCAGCCUCCACUGUGUUUGACUUUUUGGGAACACUGUUUCAGGCUUAAUCUGCUUUUAUUUUGUCAGGUUGUCCACCUUUUCACAAAUAGACAAGGUGUUUCUUGACAGUAAUAAGCAUGGGAUGCUCGGGAUGCUUUUUUAAAUUUUUAUUUUUGCUUAGAUAUGUUAACACUGGAAUAGCCUGCGUAGCCAUUAUUUUUGUGAAGUUGUCUAAGAAUGAGAUUUUUGAGCAGCUCCAAUUGUCUAUUUAAAUUAUUUCUGCUGUCGCGUUGUAAGUUGUUUUUUUUUAAUUAAUUUAUGAACCUAAUUUAUUGUCAUGUAUUUAACUUUUGUAUGCAAUCGCAGUGUUAACAUGUUCAAGUGGGUAUCCAUUUGCACUUCAUAGCACACAUCAGAAUUUUAAUUUCUGUAAAUGACUAAAGUUGUAUUUAAGCUUGUUUAAAGAGGAACAUGCCUGUAGGUGAUUCUAAUGUAUUUUAUUCUGAGCCAUGACCUUUCACUUUUCUUCAUGUCUUAUACCAAACCACUGAUAUUUGCUCAACAUUAUUGGCCUCACACCAAUCUUAAUACGUCCAGGGUAGCAUUUUUAUGUUUUUGUACAUUUCCCACUCUCAUUGGAGGAUUUUUAGUACUCUCAGAUCUUUCGUGCAAACCUAAAAGCUAAACUUAAACACUGGACAAUGUGUGUCUCAUUUUUCAAAAAACCCAAUCCUUAUAACACGAUGCACUACUUCCUCUUCCGUCCAAUUGUGGUGAGAACUGUUUUAAAUAAAUUAAGAAAUCCA